AUGAGUGAGUUCAAAAGGUUAAAAACAUCGGAAGAGAUACUGGAGUUUUUAGAUAAUGUAGACGUGAGUGAUGAUGAACCCACUGAUAUUAUUAUAAUUCCCCCAGAUGUCGAUUGUCUCACUGAUGAGGAAAAUGUAGACCAUAAUGCAAUUGUAAUAAAUGACGAUACAAAUGUACUCAGUAGUGACAUAUGUGGUACAUUUGAAGUUUUAAAUCAUAAUUUUGGAAUGGCUGGAACUUCAAAUGUACUCACAACCGCCAGAAAAUCCUAG